AUUUGCCUUUACCUUUGCUUUUCGCAUUUAACUUUUACACAGUUGCCGAUUCAGCCACUCUCAUGGCCUCUGAACAAAUAACGGCGUCGGCGCCUGAGGAGAGAGGCGUCGGAGGCAAGCUCCGAAAACCAGCAACGAGAAAGUCGCUUCCUAGCCCUUACGCACGUCCGCCGGAGGCCACGCGCCAACGUUGGAUUUCGAAGCUCGUCGAUCCUGCCUUGCGCCUACUCGCCGGCGGAGCCACUCGUCUUCUCCCUUCCAUAUUUUCCUCCGCGCCUUGUCCUUCUCCUGUCCUUUGCCCAACCUCUGCGGCUGAAGAUCAAGGUAUAUGGAAAACUGGUGACAGUCAUGGAGAUGGUUCACACAGAAGUGAUAUACAUCUUUUGGCAUCCAAAUCAUCUGAAAUGGUCAGUUCUGAUGACAACAGUGGUAAACUGAAAAGCAAUUUAGAUUUGACUGUUUCCAGACAACAUGAAAAAGUAGAGAAAUCUGAUAAAGAUGGGUUUUCUGAUAUUGAGCAGUUGGUCAAAGGGAAGAAAUUCUCUAGAGAUGAAUUUGAUCGUUUAGUGGCAGUGAUAAAUUCAAGGGUAAUGGACCUUUCUAAUGUUGAACAAGGUAAGGAAAAUACAAGUUUGACUUCUAGCAAAGAUGCUGAGCUCGGGCCUCCAAAUGUUUCAAAUGAGCAAAGGCAUGAAGUGUCAGCUGGAGCUAUAUGGCAAACCUCAACACCUCUUGUUGUGUCAAAAGUUCAGGAUGAAAUUGGUGCUUCGCCAAUAGAGAUUGCUAGAGCUUAUAUGAAUUCUCGUGUAUCAGAGGCAGGUCCCAGUUCCAAGAACACGAUUCAUGUUGUUGAAAACAAGGUGUUGCAUGGUGUUGAAGGUGCAAUAAAACCGUAUGAUCCAGCAUCAUCAAAGAAAUCCUCAACAUGUUGGCCAGGUGCUGUGGUGCAGGAUGCUUACAUAACACCACAAAGUCAGAGAAGAUAUGGACUUCAUAAUUUCCCCCGUACUCCUUAUUCUAGAACUCUUUUGACAAAGUCCAAAUCAAAGUUCAUUCACAUGCAAGGAGAAAACAACCACAUUUCAUCAACUCCCAUCUUUCAAUCAAAGACUGCUAUGUAUCUACAGGAUAAAUCUAAAGCUGGAGCAUCAGAAAGUGGAUAUGGAUCUGUUGGACCUAUUCGUCGGACUAGGCAUAGGGUUGGUGCACAAUCUUCUUCAAGAAAACCAGUUUAUUCAUCUCUGAAUGGCCCUUCACAGAGAGAAAGUUUUGGUGUUGAUAGUUUCACUCCUGUUGCAAAGAGCAUAGAAACUAUUGGGACAGGCUCCACUCCUAAGCCACUGGGCUUUCCAGUGGGUGUUCCAACAGUACACAUGCAUUCCAGUUUAAUGGCUAAGAAAAUAUUAGACCAUAUUGAUAGAAACAUUCCCACACCUAAAGAGAAAAUUGCUGAGCUGAAGCAGGCACCAAAAUGGAGGAACUCUGAAUCUUCUACUGAGUUCCGUACUAUCUUUUCAAAUGAAGAUAAUGGUUUGCAUAAAUUAAAUGAUUUUAGCCCUCAAAAAUCUGAUGGGCUUGAAGGAAAGAAAUCUACUUUAUUGAUUGAAGGCCAGGGAAAUUACCACGCGCGUACGCAACUGAAGGAUAGUACUGAUAAAUCUAUCGAAGUUAGAAAAGAAGAAACUUUGGUGCCUGAUGUGAAUGCUUAUAAUAGCAGCAACUCCGGACUUGGAAAUGAUGAUGCUACAAAAAUGACUCUCCCAAGGGGAGGCCAUCCUUAUGGUGUAAAUCAAGAAAAGCAGGCUCCCACUAACCCUGCCACCAUUAAACCAGUUUUGCCUCCUAUUGCUAUUGAGAAGCCCGAAUCAAGAUGGACAAUAGCAUCCGAUAAUGGCUCUGGAUUUACCUUUCCUGUUUCAACUUCCUCUUCUGUAUUCUCUGAGCCACCAACUCCAUCCAUCAUGCCUUUGUUUUCUGCUGGGGAUCAGCACCAAUUAAAAGAAGGAUCCACUGAACUGUCUUAUAGUUUUGGUUUGAAAAAGUGUCCGGCCAUAGUUUUUUGCUUCCCUUCCACAAGCAAUACUGCUGUUCAGAAUGAAACUGGAGACCUCAAGUUUAACUUUGGCUCAACAAAGAAGACAAAUUUAUCAUUCAGCUUUGAAAACAACGCUGUCCGCUGCUAAAUAUAACGGCAAAGCUUCCAAAAUAUAUUUCUAUUCUUUUUGCUUUAAUUCUGACUGUAGAGUACUUUUGCUUCUUUUGUUCUUGAUGGGAAAAUGAGUAAAAUGAAAGCCGUUUUGAAACGGAAAUUGUGUGGUUUAUGCAGUCGUUUCCUCAGUCUUGUGUACUUUUUUUCCGUCCUUAUUUCACUGUCAACUUAAUGGAAUGCUAGGACAUUUUGGCUA